AUGAUUAGACCUGUGCUUCGACCAGCCAGGCUCGGACAAUUCCUCCUGUUGUGGCUGCUGCUGCCCCCGGUGCCCGUUCCCGGGGUGGAGGCUCGGAGGACAUGGCGCUCUCCGCUCUGCCCCGCGGUCUGCGAGCCAACGCGCUGUCCCCCGCUGCCCACCUGCUCCGCGGGUCCGGUGCUGGACAGCUGCCGCUGCUGCCGCGUGUGCGCUGCGGCCGAGGGUGAGGUCUGCGGCGGGGCGCUCGGCCGACCCUGUGCUCCGGGGCUGCAGUGCGGAGCGCCGUUUAGCCCCCGGAGCCUGGGUGGCGCCCGGCUGGGCACCUGCGGCUGCCCGGCGACUGGGGAGGCCGUGUGCGGCAGCGACGGGCGCACCUACCCCAGCCUAUGCGCGCUCCGGGCUGAGAACCGCGCCGCGCGCCGCCGUGGCGCGCUCCCGGCCCUGCCGGUGCAGAAGGGGGACUGUAGCGAUCCAGGGACCAGAAGCGCAGGCUGGCUCAGGAGCAACUAUAACUUCAUCGCCGAGGUGGUUGAGAAGGUGGCGCCAUCUGUGGUUCACUUGCUGCUGUUUCGCAGGUCACUUCUCAGCGGGGAGGAUAUUCCUGCAUCCAGUGGCUCUGGGUUCAUAGUGUCUGAGGAUGGGCUCAUUGUUACCAACGCCCAUGUCCUCACCAACCGGCAGCGAAUCCAGGUGGAGCUCCAGAGUGGGGACAAGUAUGAAGCCACUGUCAAGGACAUUGACCAUAAAUUGGAUCUGGCACUGAUUAAGAUUGAGCCAAAUACGGACCUUCCUGUAUUGCUGCUGGGAAGGUCAUCUGACCUGCGGGCUGGAGAGUUCGUGGUGGCCUUGGGCAGCCCAUUUUCUCUGCAGAACACAGUGACCGCAGGAAUUGUCAGCACCACCCAGCGAGAGGGAAAAGAACUAGGGCUGAAAGAUUCAGACAUGGACUAUAUCCAGACUGAUGCCAUAAUUAAUCACGGGAAUUCUGGGGGGCCUCUGGUGAACUUGGAUGGUGAUGUGAUUGGCAUAAAUACACUGAAGGUGACCGCAGGAAUCUCCUUUGCAAUUCCCUCAGAUCGAAUUCGACAGUUCUUGGCAGAUUUCCAGGAGCGCCAGUUGAAAGGAAAGACUCUUUCACAGAAGAAAUAUCUGGGUCUGCGAAUGCUGCCCCUCACUUUGAACCUUCUUCAGGAAAUGAAAAGGCAUGAUGCAAAUUUCCCUGAUGUGAGUUCCGGGGUCUUUGUAUAUGAGGUGAUUCAAGGAACAGCUGCUGAAAGCUCUGGGUUGAGAGACCACGACGUGAUUGUCAGCAUAAAUGGGCAUGCUGUUACCACCACAACCGAUGUUGUUGAAGCUGUUAAGGACAAUGAUUCCCUUUCCGUCAUGGUUCGUCGGGGAAGUCAAACUUUGAUCCUGACAGUCACACCUGAAAUAAUUGAUUAAGUAUCUUGCUUUAAAGAGAAAUUAUCUAACAAAACCAAGGCUGUAUUACCUGGUUUGUAUUGAAGAUGUGCCAAAGAUGGCAAGCGGUUUUAGGAUCUCAUUCUUAUAAGGGGAAAUGAAUGCUUAAACACACACGUGUUCGGGGACCAUUAGGUUGGGGUUGGUACUGCUGCUAUGCAGCCUUACUAAGCCAGUGGAAGAACUUGGUGCCAGGAAGUCUGGGAAGCUGAUAAAAUUUUAUUUAAAGAUAGGAACAACUGAAAAACAGCCAGUUUCUAAUUUAACCUUGACAGAAAGACACUUAGUAUUUUAAAACUUUCAUACUCAUGAACUGGAUCACACACACAC